AUGACAUUCUAUUUACGGGACCCACACUCCAACCAGAUGCUCCUCAUAUUGAACUGGCGUAUAUACAAAUACGUAUUCAAUGGGGAUGUCGAAAAAAUGUAUCGACAAAUAAUUGUUCAUAAAGAUGAUCAAGAUUUUCAACGGAUUAUUUUCCGAAAAUCUGCAAAUAGUCCACUACGCGACUUUAAAUUAAAAACAGUAACUUUUGGCGUAAACUGUGCCCCAUACUUAGCCAUUCGAACACUACAUGAAUUGGCUGAAAACACCAAGUCAGAGUUUCCUCUGGCGACCCAGGUGUUAAAAACACAAACGUAUGUAGACGAUAUUCUGUCUGGAAGUCACAGUCUUCCACAAGCAUACGAAUCAUUAUCACAAGUAAUCCAAGCCCUCAAAUCCGCAGGGUUUCCAUUAAAAAAGAUUACGGCAAAUCACCCAACUAUAUUAAAAAAUAUACCAAAAGAAAAUUUGUUGGACACUAAUUUCCUUAUUUUCGAAAAGGAAAGUACAACAAAAACACUGGGCAUCCAAUGGAAUGCGAUAUCGGACCAGUUUUCAUACACAACUGAGUCCAUAUCCGCAUUAUCCGCCAUUACAAAACGCCAAAUUCUCUCCUCUGUGGCAAAACUUUUCGACCCCGCAGGAUGGCUUUCGCCAAUUAUGAUACAAGCGAAAAUCCUGAUUCAAGAAUUAUGGCUAGACGGAACUGACUGGGACGAACAAGUGAAACCUCUUCGCUUAGAAAGAUGGUCCCAGUUUGCUAAUAACCUAAAAGACAUUUCGCUGAUACAUAUUCCACGGUGGGUAAACUAUUCCCCCGAAUACAAGGUGGAACUACACGGCUUCUGCGACGCCUCUGAAAAGGCAUAUUGUGCCACUAUAUAUGUGCGCACCCAAAGCGAUAUUGCAACUACAAGCCACCUACUAGUGGCAAAGGCAAAAGUUGCGCCUCUAAAAACCAUAAGUCUACCACGACUUGAACUCUGUGGCGCUCUGCUACUAGCAAAGCUCGUCUCCAUGGUGCAGACCCACUUAAACAUGGCAAAAUAUAAAUUAUACCUCUGGUCCGAUUCCGAAAUAGUUCUAGCCUGGUUAGAAAAACCACCACACGCGUGGAAAACAUAUAUUUCUAACCGAACGUCUCAAAUACUUGAUCUAGUAGGAUCAGCCACUUGGCGCCACGUAGCCAGUGCUGACAAUCCUGCCGAUCUUGGGACAAGAGGGUGCAAACCCCUUCAUCUCGCCACCACCACCCUCUGGUGGAAUGGCCCCCGAUGGUUAACAGAAUCUCCCGAUUCUUGGCCACAAUCGCCAAUGCGCAACAUAAUUGCCCCAGAAAGUCGAAAAAUCGCCACUUAUCACACAACAAUGGAUGAUGCUGACAUCCUUGAACGAUUUUCAUCGUUCCCCCGAGCACUCAGAGUAGUCGCCUAUAUUUUCAAAUUCGUAGAGCGACUUAAACUUAAGGUAAAGGGAGCAACUUGCCCCCAAUGCGAUACAUUGACGCACCAAGACUUACAAAAAGCGAAGGUCGCUCUUAUCGCAUCAACCCAAACGCGCUACUUCAGCCGCGACCUAGGGUUACUAAGAGAAUCGAAGCCAAUUGACAAAAAGAGCUCACUCUUAGUACUAAACCCAUUUAUAGACACGAAAGGUCUGCUUCGUGCAAACGGCCGGCUUGCUAAUUCCAGCCUUACGUAUAACGAACGCCAUCCCAUAAUAAUACCAGAGAAAUCCUCAUUUGCCACAUUAUUCAUCAAUUAUAUCCAUAUACUCAUGUUGCACGCCGAACAUCGCCUCAUGCAACAUAUGGUACGCCAAGAGUACUAUGUUCCCCGCCUUAAGCCCCAAAUCAAGAAGUGCAUUUUCACGUGCAAGGUCUGCACUAUGCACAAGCAGAAAAUGAGAACCCAGAUUAUGGCAGCACUUCCACCGGAACGCUGUAACUUUGCUCUGCCUUUCACCACCACAGGUGUCGACUUUGCUGGGCCUUUUCAAAUAAAGGCGUCCAUGCUAAGGUCUCCCACCCUGAUGAAAGGCUAUGUGGCUGUCUUUGUCUGUUUUACGACAAAAGCAGUACACCUUGAGCUAUGUUCCAAUCUGACAAAGGAGGCUUUCCUCGCGGCAUUUGCUCGCUUCGUCGGACGACGUGGCUUUCCAUCCAAAAUCAUGAGCGAUAAUGGUAAAACAUUUAUCGGAGCUCAAAGAGCCACAGAGAAACAAUUUGUGGAUUUUAUGAAACAAGUCUCACCUGACAUUAUACAAAAAUAUGCUCCCCAAGGCAUCAAUUGGCAGUUUAUCCCCCCAAGCGCUCCACAUUUGGGUGGUUUAUGGGAAUCAGCCGUAAAAAGCUUCAAAUCACAUUUCAAGAAGCUAGCUGGCACUUAUAAAUUCAAUUAUGAAGAAUUCACGACCUUGUUAACUAGAAUUGAAGCCGUUCUCAACUCACGGCCUCUCGCAGCCCUCUCGCAAGAUCCAUCAGACUUUACAGCCCUCACACCCAGGGCAUUUUCUUAAAGGAGCGCCCAUUCU